AUGUCGAACUUUCCGUGGCUUAAAGAUUUUGACCACUUGCAGCUCCUUUCUGGACGGGUUUGGGACGUCUCUACCGUCAAAAAAGAUGUUCAAGACAAACAUGUUUCCUCCGGCGCCGAUUCUGUUGAAGGCCUUGCUUUCGUUAGAGGAAUGUGUCAAUCAAGGUUUAGUGUAAGCAUUGCCAAGGCUCCUGGGGUAGAUUUGAAGCAUGGAUCUUCUCACCUGAUUUCACUUAGGUAUCAGGCCCAAAUUAUUGCACAUGAAUUAGGCCAUUCCCUGGGCGCCUCUCAUGAUGGUUUCGAAAAUAGGUGUCCCGAAUCUGGAUAUAUCAUGCAGGCAUCUGCAAUUUCAACCGGACGGCCAUUGGCCAUAGGAUGGUCUUCUUGUUCUAUUGAGGCCAUGUCAGAGUUCUUACAUCAUCCAGACUCAAGGUGUUUGAAUAUUAAGAAUGUUCCUGUAACUUCUCUUUGUGGAAAUGGCAUCAUUGAUGAUGGGGAGGAAUGUGAUUCUGGCUCUCCAAAUGGCACAGAUUGUUGUUCUUCCACUUGUAAACUUACUCCAGGCUCAGAGUGUGACGAUAGGAAUGGCCGAUGCUGUCAGAAUUGUCUUCUGAAAAAGAAGGGGGAUGUUUGCAGACCCUUGUCAACACUGUUUGAAAAAACCCCCUGCGAUGUGCUGGACCUUUGUGAUGGGAUAACUCCAGCAUGCCCAGAUAUAUGGAAGCCAGAAGGCGUUGAGUGUAUCAGUGGGACUGCAGCAUCUAAAAAGGGAAGCACUGGCAUAUGCGAAUCCGGCGUCUGUUUUUCUAGAGAAACAAUUUGCAAAAGAAUGGGGAUGGACUACAAGCCUGAGUGUGAUCCGGAUGCAGACUGCCUAAUCCAUUGUUAUGACUCCUCUUUAUCUGUAUACCCACUAGAACAUGCUAAUUCUGAUCAAAGCGAGUAUGAGGUUGUCCAUUUCAUUAAGAAAAGAAUUACGAACUUUUUAAUGCCAUUCUUCCAGAACAACAAUGGCAACGAUCAUUUUAAACGAGAAAAAUGCAUCACAUUUGCCCUUUCUUUGCCUGCGGCAGCAUCAAAGAGUGAAGAUCUCAAUAUCCAAAAAUCGCUACAUUUCCAACCAUAUAUCAAAUAUGCUAUUUUUUCUGAACCCUCCUCACCCCUAGUCCUACCCAAUGGAAUUUCAUGUGUAAACCCAAGCUUGAGUGCGCAAGGGAUGUGCUACAACGGGGCUUGCAAAAGCAAAGCAGAUUAUGAACUUGAGUUGAGUAAUGAUAGGAUCAGUAGUACAAAUCCUCUAGCCGUAAAAAGCGGUUCGUCUCGUUUUCAAGCCUUUUUUUCAUGGAGUUGCGUUGCUGCUGUGGCGAUGUAUUUGAAUUUGGCCUUUUUGUAA